UACUAAUAUAGCAAAUCAUCUCUAUCAAGUCCACUUAAUAAAGGAUCAAACACUGCUGGAUGCUGACCAAUCGACUCAAAGUAAUACAUCAAAUUAAAGAAAGAAGGAACAAGAGAGAAAAGGAAGAAAAGGAAAGAAAAAGAGGAGGAAAACAAGAAUGAAGAGGCUGAUGUGCAAAGGAGAGGAGAAACAAAUGAUGGGGGCAUGGUUUUGAUGUGGAUGCUGGAGUUCUGUUACUAUGGCAGCAUAAAGGUGAUUAAUAAUGGAUGAGGACACAUAUUUACUCAAUUUUAAAGGCUAUAAUUUUGAGCAUUCUUUGGUUGAUAUUGAUCACCUAGAAAAUCUAGAUGAUUUUGAAAUUAGAGAUGAUGAUGUCUUCAUAAUCACAUAUCCCAAAUCUGGUACAAUUUGGACACAGCAAAUAUUAAGCUUGAUUUAUUUUGAGGAUCAUCGUAACAGAACUACACAUACGGAAACAAUGGAUAGAGCCCCAUUUCUGGAGUAUAAUAUUAGGAAAAUGGACUAUUCCAAGCGCCCGUCUCCUCGCCUCUUCUCCUCCCACCUUCCUUAUUAUUUAGUUCCAAAAGGCCUCAAGAACAAAAAAGCUAAAAUUGUUUUUGUCUACAGAAACCCUAAGGAUGUUUUAAUAUCAUAUUUUCACUUUACAAAAUUUUUGGUUACACUAGAAGAUGUAGAUAAUGUAGAGCAAUUCAUGAAAAGAUUUCUUGAUGGAAAAGUGGUGGGAAGCCUUUGGUUUGAUCACAUCAGAGGCUGGUAUGAGCACAGACAUAGUUUCAAUAUUCUUUUUAUGAGGUAUGAAGACAUGAAGAAGGACCUCAGAAGUUGUGUGCUUAAAAUCUGCAGUUUUCUUGAGAAAGAACUGAGUGAUGAAGCUGUGGAUGAUGUAGUGAGACAAGCCACUUUUCAAAACAUGAAAUCUGAUCCACAAGCAAAUUAUAAUAGAAUUUUAAAAGAAGAAAUUGGGAUAAGAACAGAUGAUGCUCGUUUCCUACGCAAAGGUACAGUUGGAGACUGGAAACAUUACCUGACUGUGGAGCAGAGUGAGAUGUUUGACAGGAUCUUCCAAAGGAAGAUGAAAGAUAUCCCUCUGAAGUUCACCUGGGAUGAAAAGGAGGAAUAGAAUUUUAAUCAGAGUCCAAAACAAUCAUAUAAAAGCUAGUAAUUGUAAAACAUGCUUUCAUAUUCUUAUUGAUAUACACCUUUCAUGUGAUUGUUAAUGAUAAAAUCUCAGUUCUUUAUUGACACUAUUAGUGAAAAAUACAAGUAUAUUUAAAUAAUGAGCAUACGUUUGAUAAGCUCUGUGAAUUGUAAAACAUUAAAACAUUGCUAAAAGGGAUUUAGUAAGUUAACUUGUAAUAGUAAUAGGCAAAAUAGAAAGCUGAUGCAUGAACUGUAAAUGUUUUUAGAAAAAUUUCUGUACUAGGGAUUUAUUUAAUUAUCCACAUUUUAAAUUUAGAAUCAGUUAAACAUUAUUAUUUUAUUUUUUUGUUAAACUUUAAUUAUAUGGCUUCAAAAACUCAUAUGACUGGAAAUGUUAUAGCAGAAGAAAUAAAUAACUUAAAUAUAAAUAUAUGCAUCUUUAUAAUAAUUUACUGUAUCGUGAAGUUUGUGUGGAUCAGUGGAUGAGGUAACCUAAAUUAUUUAAAUGUUUAAUUAUUUAACUUUUGGAAAUAAAAUAUAUGAUUAAUGAAAGUACAAAGGA